AUGGAACCCACCACCACAAACGUCUCUAUCGGCACCAAGACCGAGAUCUCGGCCUCCAACUUUGAGACAGACGUUGAGUCAGUUCGAACAGAACCCAACUUUCGCCUCUAUCGCCUGAUGGACAGUGCCCGACUGGCCCUUACAGUCCUUGGUCUUGUAGCUGGUCUGACCAUCCUUGGUGUUUCGGCAGAUGCUAUCGCUGUCUACCAUGCUACCUACGUUCCGGAGGAUUGGUUCCUACAACUAUGGCCAUCCAACUUGGAUAUGCGUCCUACAGUAGCUCUGGCAGUCGGCGGUGCCCUGGUUGUUGUAGCCAGUCUCGUUUCGCUGAUCGCUGGCAAAAUUCCGACCGUCCGCGGAAACGCUGCUGUUAAAGUCAUCAUCACCUUGACACCCCCAGCUAUCGCGUUAAUUGCUGCCAUCAUCUCCAUGUCUUUCUUUUACGGGGUUGACGCGUCGACCACAAACGAUUCUCUUCAAAGCUGGACCUGUCGCUGGAAGGAUGUGACUAUGACCAUGCAGCCCCAUUUUGGAACACUUUGCAAGCAGAGCAAGGCUAGUGUUGGGCUUGCCGUCAUGUUAGUUCCCGUGGAAGCUAUCAUCUUAGGCUUGGCGGCGUAUCACUUCGUUCUGGAGAAACGCUCCAGCAUGACCUCUGACGGACGUGGGCGCAAAGCGGGAAGCCCUGCCUUGUCUGGAGCUUGA